GCUGGUGUAGAUAUUUCUUUAAUUCAAAAGUCAUUUAAAUGUUGCGGAAUUUCUGUUGCUAGAAAUAGAAGUGAGGAUAAUUUGAUUAGUGACAGUAACAAUGAUUCUUAUAGAGAUGGCAAUAGUAAAGAUAGUAAUAAUAGCGAUAGUGAUAGUAACAAUAUUAAUAGUGACAAUAUUAAUAGUGAUGAUAUUAAUAGUGAUGAGUUUGACAUAAAUAAAUAUGAAGAAAAGGAAGUUUCAGAUUAUGAGAACGAAUAUUAG